AUGCAUGCUUACGCUAUUAAAGCCGGAUUUGAAGCCGAUUCCACUGUAGGUAAUGCUGUAAUUACAAUGUAUGCCAAAUGUGGUAGCAUUGAAGAUGCUAAUCAAAUGUUCAAUGGUAUGAACACUCGUGAUUGUGUAUCCUGGAAUGCCAUAAUAUCUGCGUAUGCCCUCCAUGGAGAAGGCAACAGAGCACUUUCUCUUUUUGAAGAUAUGAAGGAAGAAGGAUUUUCCCCUGAUGAGACAACGUUAUUGGCCAUUCUUCAAGCCUGCAGCUACACUGGAUUAUGGGAAACUGGGUUGCGCUUAUUCAAUGAAAUGGAGUCAAAAUAUGGGGCUCAGUCAGGAAUUGAGCACAUUGCAUGCAUGGUUGAUCUUUUGGGUCAAUCUGAGAAUUUUUCAGAACCCAUCGAUUUCAUCAACAGAAGUCCAUUUCCAGACUCACCUAUGCUUUGGAGAACUUCAGUCAAUGUGUGCAUGUUAUUUGGGAAUUUGACAUUUGGCAAGUUAGCUGCGAAAUGUUUGCUUGAAUUGGAACCUAGAGAGGCCGGGUCUUAUAUACUUGUUUCAAAUAUGCACGCUAGGGGAGGAAUGUUUGAUGAUGCUGCUAAGGUUAGAACUGUUAUGAAUGACUUGAAAGUAAACAAAAAAGCAGGUUGCAGCUGGAUCGAAGUAGAUAAUAAGUUUCAUUAUUUUGUUGCAAGUGAUAUGGGCCCUCCAAAUAGUGCUGAAAUUUAA